UAUUCCAAAACUCUCACACAUAAUGACCCCACUUCAUACACUAUAUAGUAACAACAAAGAACUCCUCCUCUUCUCUAUUAAUUUCUCCAUUCUCCCAGUGAAGAAAACCUCUCGAGCAACAAGAAAGAAGAAAGAAAGGAAAAUGGCUCUGAACCUCAAUCCCAUCGCCUUGAAAUAUUCCCACAAGUACCCUUCCUUUGCUCUUCCCCCAAAGCCAAAUCUCCAAUCUCCAAAGUUUCUGAGGGCCUCCACCCUCAGCUCCGGCUCCACAGAGGUUGAGAGUCUCAAGAAGCCUUUCAGCCCUCUUCGCGAGGUUCAUGUUCAAGUAACUCACUCAAUGCCACCCGAAAAGAUAGAGAUCUUUAAAAACCUGGAGGAUUGGGCCGAGCAGAACAUCUUGGUUCAUUUAAAGCCGGUGGAGAAAUGCUGGCAACCGCAGGAUUUCCUACCCGAUCCUGCUUCCGAUGGAUUUCAUGAUCAAGUCAUGGAAUUAAGGGAAAGGGCAAAGGAGGUUCCAGACGAUUACUUCGUUGUUUUGGUUGGAGACAUGAUCACAGAAGAAGCACUUCCUACUUACCAAACAAUGCUAAAUAGCGGAGAUGGUACGAGGGACGAGACAGCGGCGAGCCUCACUUCUUGGGCAGUGUGGACGAAGGGAUGGACUGCUGAAGAAAACAGGCAUGGCGAUCUUCUCAAUAAGUACCUCUACCUAUGUGGACGAGUAGACAUGAGGCAAAUUGAGAAGACAAUUCAGUAUCUGAUUGGGUCAGGAAUGGAUCCUAGAACCGAAAACAGUCCCUACCUCGGUUUCAUCUACACGUCGUUCCAAGAACGAGCAACUUUUAUCUCUCACGGGAACACAGCACGGCAUGCCAAAGAGUACGGAGACUCGAAGUUGGCUCAAAUUUGCGGGACCAUUGCCUCUGAUGAGAAGCGCCACGAGACCGCUUACACCAAGAUAGUCGAAAAGCUCUUUGAGAUCGACCCGGAUGCAACCAUGCUGGCUCUAGCCGACAUGAUGAGGAAGAAAAUAACUAUGCCAGCCCACUUGAUGUAUGAUGGUCGCGAUGACAAUCUGUUUGACCAUUUCUCGUCCGUGGCUCAGAGGCUUGGAGUUUACACCGCCAAGGACUACGCUGAUAUAUUGGAGUUUUUGGUUGGGAGGUGGAAGGUGGAGGGCAUAACUGGGCUUUCUUUGGAGGGACGAAAAGCCCAGAAUUAUGUUUGUGGGUUGCCUCAGAGAAUUAGGCGGCUGGAGGAAAGGUCUCAAGGCAGGGCAAAAGAAGCACGUUAUGUUCCGUUUAGCUGGAUCUUCGAUAAACAAGUGAAGCUCUGAGGGUCUACUGCAGGUGAAUUUUUAAAACAGAGGAGCAGGAUGAGUUCUACACUUUGGAGGCUUUCGAAGCCGAGAAGCUGGGUAGGAUGGAAGAGCAAGUGGAAUAGUAGAUAGGAACCCUAGUUUCCGUCCCUUUGUUGAAUAAAUGUACUAUUGUAAGAAUUAUGCUCUAAUAAUGAGCCAGACCCUAUUUAGAUUUUCAAUAAAAAAAUGUUUAUUUAACGUUACCAAAA